AGGCUGUGAGGUACCAGGAUGAGGUUCGAUGACGUCAUUUCUGAGUUGGGAGAGUUCGGGAGGUACCAGAAGCGCCUUUACUUCCUGGUGUGUAUCGUAGCGAUUCCAGACGCUAUGAACAUACUGGGGCCUAUCUUCACACUUUUGGUGCCAAACCAUAGGUGUGCUAUUCCCGGACUGGACAACGACACGUACCAAAGCCAGGGCUCCUGGCAUGACGACCUCGUCAACUGCAGCAUCCCGUGGUCCGACAGUGACGAGGCGUAUUCCAAGUGUCGACUCUACAAAACUGAUGACCACUUGACCAACGAAACCAGGAAAUGUGACCGCUGGGUGUACGAGAAAGAUCCAUUCCGGGAAACUUUCGUCACUGAUGUACGAACAAAAAUUGCCUUCAUAAACAAUUUUCUCUGGAUAAUUCCAAAAUACUGCUGGGGAUCCUUCUUGGCCUUUUUAUUUAAGUUCCAUUCUACCUGCUUCACUUCCUUCAGAAGCUGUAUGGAACUGGUUGGUCCCUCCAAGCGCAAGUAUGCAGGUGUCGUCAUCCAGAUAUUUUGGUGUAUUGGCAUUUUUCUGCAGACUGGUCUGGCCUUCGGAACAAGAGAAUGGCGACAUCUUCAGAUGUCCAUCUGUGCGGGGACUGUGCUGCUGUUCAGCUACUGGUGGCUUGUCCCCGAAUCCCCCCGCUGGCUCAUCAACAAAGGGCGUUUGGAGGAAGCUUCAGAUGUGAUCAAAAAAGCUGCAAAAGUUAACAAAGUCACACUGUCAGAGAAGGUGUCCAGUCUACAAGAAAUCGAAUUGGACGGCCAAGGGGAGAAAAUCUGGCACAUGUUCACAACGCCAACUCUGAUAAUUCGAUCUGGAAUUAUUUUUUUUAACUGCUCGAAGUCAGAGUGGAUCAACGUGGUUUUGGCCUUGGUAGGAAGGUUUGGGGCGUCAGCGGCAUUCGCCGUAAUCUACAUCUACUCCGCGGAGCUGUUCCCAACUGUCAUGCGUAACUCUGGCAUGGGGGUCAGUUCAGUCUGCGCCAGGAUAGGUGGGAUUUUGGCGCCCUUUGUCGGAGACCUGGGAUCAGUUUUGGAGGGGGAUAUCGCAGUGGCUCUGCCCUUGAUCGUCUUCGGAGGUCUAUGCCUGACUGCCGGCCUGUUGGAUUUGUUACUGCCAGAAACACUGAACAGGAAGCUCCCAGACACCGUCGAGGACGCCAAGAAUUUCGGCAGGUCAGUGGAGUUGAAAAUAAGUAAACACUUCAGCAGCGUACGGCUCCAAUAUUCUCCGGAUAGGUAAUUCCAUAUUGGUCAAAGCUUGCUUAUUCUUUUAAGAUUGAAGCCUCAUUGGGAAUCAUGUUUUUGCUUCCACAUUUCCAAGACCAUUUUUAUUCAGAGUACAUUGGGGCAAGCUCAAUUUGUUCUUUUUUCUUGAGGAAGGGCAAGCUUUGUACCAGUAUUUUAAUUUUCAAGUAAGAAACUAAAGAAGUACAAUGUACUUGAUAAUUUAUUGAAAGUUGGGUUUUUUUAUUCUUGUUCACAGCUUGAUAUGCUAUAUUGUUGCUUCGAGAAAAAUCGUUGUCAACGCACAAGUAUAAAUGACUUGUGUAACGUAUGUUGCCCAUCGGGAAGAAAACAAUAGUAAAUAUUGUUCAUUUAGUGUAACAGCAUUCCACUCAGUUGUGAGUAUCAUGCACGUACACAUUUAAUUCACUUUGUAACGAUGAAAAUUACUCAAAUAAAUAUUUACAUUACAUUACAACAUUAGUUCAAAAAAUCAAAAUAUGGCAGCAUAAGAAUAAAAGUUUAAUCCAAAAAGAAUUGAAUGUGCAUGUUAUAAUAUUACUUCUCGACUUUCAUCUUAUACAUCCUCUUGCAUUUCUUUCAGAGAAUCUUCAAAGAACGCAAAUGAGCUCG